GGCCCGCGUCCCGCCAUGAAGUUUCGGGCCAAGAUCGUGGACGCGGCCUGUCUGAACCACUUCACGCGGGUCAGUGCCAUGAUAGCCAAGCUUGCCAAAACCUGCACGCUCCGCAUCAGCCCGCAGAAGCUGAACUUCAUCCUCUUGGACAAAGUGGCCAACGGAGGGGUGAGCAUGUGGUGUGAGCUGGAACAGGAGAAUUUCUUCAGUGAGUUCCAAAUGGAGGGUGUCUCAGCAGAAAACAACGCGAUCUAUUUAGAGCUGACGUCAGAAAAUUUAUCUCGAGCGUUGAAAACGGCCCAGAAUGCCAGAACCUUGAAGAUCAAACUGACGAAUAAACACUUUCCCUGCCUCACAGUGUCUAUAGAGCUGUUAUCUGUGUCGAGCAGUAGCCGCAUCGUGACGCAUGACAUCCCCGUUAAGGUUAUUCCUAGAAGACUGUGGAAGGAUUUGCAAGAACCUACAGUCCCAGACUCUGACGUGAGUAUUUAUUUACCAGUCUUGAAGACGAUGAAGAGCAUCGUGGAAAAAAUGAAAAACAUCAGCAAUCACCUUAUUAUUGAAGCAAACCUAAGUGGAGAAUUGAACUUGAAAAUAGAAACAGAACUAGUGUGUGUUACAACUCACUUUAAAGACCUGGGGAACCCUCCAUUGGCCUCUGAAGACGCCUCUCAGGACAGAGACCCAGAGCAGAUGGCUGAAGUGCGCAUAGACAUCCGGAAGCUCCUGCAGUUCCUCGCUGGGCAGCAAGUGAAUCCUACGAAGGCCGUGUGCAACAUUGUCGCUAACAAGAUUGUCCAUUUUGAUUUGCUCCAUGAAGAUGUUUCUCUGCAGUACUUCAUCCCAGCCUUCUCCUAGACCGUCUCCUGGCCCGGGGGCCAUGUGUCCUCAUGGCCACGCAUGUCUGUACAUUUUACUUCUCCCUGCUGUGAUAUUCUAGCUGAAAAUUGAGUUCAUGAGAGACUGUUGGAUAAACAUACUACUUUAUAUGA